AUGGCAGACACAGUCAACUUCUCACACAUUCCAUCAGACAUCUGCUGCAUCGUGGGCCAUGUUGACGUUACCAGCAGAGCAGCGAGGAAGAUCAAGGAAGAGCGAUUUCCACACGCCAAACUCGCCAUGUUCGGUCACGUGGCGCCAGAGGAGACAGAGCACUACAAGAGUGACGAAAAGGCCCUGGGUGUGGGGAGGAAGGAAGCCAGCAUCCAGGACGACCUUGGCAAGGCUGAUGUCGUCUUCUCCGUAGGAGCGCGCAUUCAUCGCCACUUCAACCAGUUUCUCCGUCGGCAUAACGUAGAUCACCACAUCUUCCUACCUGAGCCUUCCGAGGUUUUCAGUCGCGCAGCAGUGAGCUUUUGUGAAGAAGAUGGCGUCCGAAAGCCAGAGAGAGUGAUUCUGUCCAUCGGCAGGGUGCGGAAUGUGGAGAGGCUGAAAGGGCACGACCUGGCGGCUGGAGGCGUAGACAAGGCGGCGCUGCGGCUUGACCAUCUGUACACACUGAGGCUGAGAGUCCGCGGCAUCGAUGAGAACGACUUCAAGGAGAGCAAGAGAAUCCUGGAUGAGAAGCUGAGAUCCGGACGGGUCAAACCCACCCUUCUCCCGUACGGCACUCAGGAGGAGAUCCGCCGAGACAUGGAGAACUGUCACCUGGUCCUGAUGCCGUCCCGGGCCGAACCGUUCGGACUGGUCGGUCUGGAGGCCAUCGCGGCAGGAGUUCCCGUCCUCAUCUCAGAGCACUCGGGCCUUGCAGAGCUGUUAGAGGAGCUAUCAGACAGGCUGGGGCAACCCAAGUUCCGCCACUGUAUCAUCAGGAUGAAGGGAGACACCGCGACCGACGCUGAUGUAGAGAAGUGGGCAGAAAGAAUCGAGGAUGUCAUCAAGAACGCCAGGUCAGAGUUCGCGGAAGCACGCGCCUUCAGGGAGAAACUGCUGGCCUCCAAGUACUGGGAAGAGUCUCACCAGAAGUUCCUACAGGCCUGCGGCAUCACUGCUCACACCUCCAGAGCAACCAUGCCCGUCAGUGCUGAACCAAUAGAGAAACCGGAGCAGAGGCCCCAGGCUGAGACAUUAGAGGAAGACGAGUCCAGAAGUCCAUUGGAGCAGUUCAGUCUGACACAAACCGUGACCCCAACAGCCCCCAUGCCGGCCGGCAAACAAAUGGAAACACCCAUGAAGCCACAGGCAGACAACACGAAGCAUUCAGCUGUAAACGCAGAGGAGAAAGCUACUGACAUGACGGAUGUCGACGAGUCCAGCAAACGGGUAGAAAAGCGCCCCCUGUUGGCUCAGUCAGGAAGAGCGCCUGCGGCCAAGAGCCCGGCCCGGCUGCUGCAACAGGAAGAAAUAGAACUGGAGGAGCUGGCUGCAGUUACAGAGGAAACCCGCCUGUCGCCAGCCGGGGAGGAGCAGGGGGAAACAGGAGAAACCCAGACUGUCGGGGACAGGGCCUGCUGCCCAGCUGCCCGCAUUGUACAUGCUCUGUGUUGUAGGUAG